CUGGGCGAUCUCGCGCUCGAUUGUCACGCGCCCUCUUCGCCCUUCUAUGGCGAAAUUGAGCAUCGCAUCUGGGACGUAACGCCAAGGAAAAGAAGCGCAAGUAGCCGGCUUGCUAGGUCGGCCGCGAGAUGUUUGCCCUACACAAAGCCUUCCAACAAUCAACCCAGUCAGUUCACGAAGCAGCAGAAGCUGAGCGGGACAGGCGGAGGAAGAUGUCGGGCACCACUCAUACCGGCGCCGGCAGGGGUAAUGGUAGCGGAGCUACGGGGAGCGAUGUAGGCGGCCGCCUCGAGUCAGAUGGCAGCAACAGCGGCCGUUCCUCGCGAGCCCACGUCGACGCCAUGCCCGAAAGGGUAGCUUCAUCUCAAACCCUUUCUCCGGUCUAUCCAUCCUCUCCAUCACACCACCUCCUUGAAAGAGGCCAGCAUUCGAGGUCAGCGACCCCAGUUGGCACUUCUAGCAGCAACGACAGCAGCUCCGACCUCAAUCGGCGUGCAGAGUCGAGUCGAGAGCGACCAGAGCUGGGCGUCCUUCGACCACCUCCAUCUGGCGGCCUGCCUCCUAUCCCGGCUGAUCAGACUCCCUUGUCGACGCCAUCGCCGGAAGAGCGCUACGUGCUUCCUCCAGACGCCAUUGUACGAACACCGAGGCGACGGUCCAGUCGACCGGGCUUCAACAGCACCCCAUCUUCCCCGAGGAUGCUCCCUCCAUCGCCUCCUCAGCCCCACGACCUGAUGCAACGACAGAACAGCAACGGCGGAGGAAGCGGCAGUGGGAGUGGCAGCGGCAGCGGCAGCGCCGGCGUCAGCCGUAGGGGCUCCAGCAGCAGAGGUCCUCCAACCUCAUCGUCCGCGGCACCAGCUGCGGCUAGUCUGUUGAGCCAGCGACAGGACUUUUCUGCCACGCCCAGGCUCAUCCAUGAUGCCGUCUUUGCCAUCUCUCCAAGCGCAGAGGAGGAUGUUCCUCCUCCAACGAUGAAGCAUCCUCGAGACAUUGUCGCGCCGGUAGCCGCAGUCCCACUUCACCAUCAUCUGUCAGAGCUUCGACCAGAGGAUACCCGCCCUGCGCCACCACGCUUUUCAGAGGACUCCGUCGUCGACCCUCGGGCGUCCAUCUACGGCGCAGCGCCCACUGUCAUCCCCACAACGCCGGGCUCAUCCAGCCGAUUCAGGAUCCCCAAGAGUCUGCGCCGGAAGAAGAACCCACCGAGGCAGUCUGAGAGCAGAGGCAGUCAAGCGUCCGAAGCGGACUCCAAGGCCCUCUCCAGUAGCCCAGAGAUCGACACAGUCGCUGCGGCUAGACUACGAGGGCCAGCUCCCGCAUCCAAUGGCCGCUUCUCCCUCGACACUCGUUCUCAUGCCUCCCAUUCCUCAGCAUCGACGGCAGCUCCGGGUAGUCCAGGGCAGAGGGCAGCGGCGCUCAGUCUCGAUGAGCGGAGGAAGUCCUCCCUUGCCGCCAACCCACACGCUACAACCGCUGCUAGCAGUAGCAGACAACGUAUCUCGACAGAGUCAUCGGGAUCGAGCUUCAGGCGACGAUCGAUUGCCCUGUUCGGUGGAGGCAGUGGAGGCGGCGGAAACGGUACCCGUGAGCGCGAUUCUGAUCGAGCGUCGUCCAGCGGCCGACCCAGCCUAUCAGUCCCUUCUGCAAAUGAGCCGACUGUCAGCAUGGGAGGCAUCGCAGUCCCGCUUCAGGCUCGCCCCUCCGAAGGAUCGACGUGGCAUUCCGAGAGCUCUUCUCCUUCGAUGUACAACAGCUCCCGCGAUAGCUCCAACGACAUGGCUCGGGCUUCCAUCUCAUCCUCUGGGGGAGACGUAACAUCUCGAAGCGCAGCAAGGAGCGGCAAGGCUGCAUCCUUUUCAGCCUCGAACACGAGCUUGCAGGCCACCUUGGCUCCUUUCCCACGUCGCAGCUCUGGAGCCAACAGCAAUGCAUCGCUCGCUGUGCCCGGCCCUGCAUCUCCUGCAAGUAUUGCCCCUACCUCGUCGUACCUGGACGCUCAGGCGCUCGCGAAUGCAACCAACAAGCCGCAGCCAUCGAUACCGCCGACUUCGAGCCCUCCGCCACCCCCUCUUCAGCAACAACUUCGAGCGAGAUCUUCGAGCAACCUCCUCCUUCGUCGCGUAGGGUCCAGCGGUUUGCUAAAUACGGAAAGCCCGCGCGACUCGUUGAGCGGAGACACCAGCAGUCGAGGCGGCGCUCCCGCUACCACGCCUGGAAAGGGCAACAAGCUGAUGCGCGGCCUCACUGGUCGUAGACCGAGGACAGCAACGCCCGGAGGCAGCCGUGAUGGUUCGUCAGACUUUGCGCGAUCAUCCGGCGAUGCUGCGCUUAGUCGCACCACCCCAUCGAGGCCAUCAACCGCGACUGCGAUCAGCCCCGCGUCUCCUCUGGGGACUACCGCAGCUAACGACUCGUCCAGGCUCGAGGCUAGCGGUGGAGCUGCUGCUCUAUUCGGUGGUGGAGGCGGAGGUGCUAGUGGUGGUGGACGUCCCCGUGCAUCGUCAUUACUGCCUAACCUCAACAUCUUCGGCGGAGGCAACACCAGGACAAGGGCGAUGUCGUCUUCCGGUCGCCAAAGCCCUUUUACUGGCCCUGCUGCCACGCCCACGCCUUCUCGAGGUGCGCAGACCACGACACCUACGCCAACGCUCAAUGUCAACGCCGACGCGAGUGCGGCAGGUAGCACAAUUUUACCUGACGAAACUCAGCAUUCGUCGUCCGCCUCGACGAAGAAGUAUCCCAUCCUACCCGACGAGGCCCCAGACGAGUACGUAGAGCGCAUCCUCCUGACAGUCGACCACAGCGACGUAGCGACCAUGCUGGCCUCCUCGACGGACGAGUUCCACCUGGAAGCUCUGCGCGUUUAUAUGCGCCGCUUCCUCUUCGUGGGCAACCCCCUGGAUAUUGCGCUGCGCAAGAUGUUGAUGGAGCUCCGCCUUCCGAAGGAGACGCAGCAAAUUGACCGUGUGAUGGAGGCCUUUGCCAAGCGGUAUAACGAGUGCAACGAGGAGCUGUUCGCAUCGGAUGAUCAGCCGUACAUACUGGCCUUCUCGCUCAUGAUGCUCCACACGGACGCAUUCAAUCGGAACGCCAAGACGAAGAUGUCGAAAGCGGACUACGUCAAGAACACGGCCUCAUCGGGCGUGCCGCAGGAUAUCCUCGAGUACCUGUACGACAAUCUCACAUUCACUCAGUUCGUCUACUCGGAUGAGGCGGCAAGUGCUGCGCCUGUCCCCAUCAGCCCAGCCCCGCUGAGCGGUGGAGGGGAGAAGACUGGAUUCCUUGCCAGCUUCGGUGCAGGAUCAAAGGACAAGGGAGACAAGACGGUCGACGCCUAUUGGAUCAUCAGACAGGGGCGGCUCAGCUCCCUCUGCCCGAACAUCGACAACAUCAUACCUGAGGACGAUCCCUACUCUUACACCGGCGCCGCCACGCACAUAGAUGUCCCAACGCUCGCAAGAGCUUACAUGUCUGCGCCUUCCAUCGAGGUCGUCGCCUCAAGGCGCUCUUCCGUCUCGACGCCCGCGCCAGCAGACAACCUCGCUCCCGGUGCCACUGGGGCAGCAGGGUGGUCAGGCCCAGAGAUGAUCGGCAACGGUGGACUGGGCAACGAGCCCGACUCGACACUUACGCUGCGCAUCUUCAAGGUGGGCAUCGUGAAUCGCAAAGACGAGGUCACGGAGAAGACGAAGAAGAACAGCUCCUCGAAAUGGAAGAGCUGCGGAAUGGUCCUUUCCUCUUCUCAGCUCCUCUUCUUCCGCGACCUCGUAUGGAUUGACGCGCUUCAGGCUCAAAUUAGCGAGCAGCUGGCUGAUGCGACGCCAGAGGAGAGGAAGAAAGGCAUCUUGAUCACGCCCAAGAUCACGAACUUCAGGCCGGAUGGAGUCUUGUCGCUUGGAGACGCCAUUGCGCUCAAGGACGAUAGCUUCGAUCGUGACGAGAGCGUGUUGAGGUUGGUCGGCGUGCAGGGGACAGUUCAGCACGAGUACCUCUUCCAGGUGCGCGAUAAGGGCGAUAUGAACGAAUGGAUUGCCGGCAUCAACUUCUGCGCUUGCUUCAGAGCAGCAGGUCUCAAGGUGACAAACCUUGACACAUUCGCGCUCAUGAACGGCGACAGGCUCCUUGGAGGCAACUCGAUGAGUCGCUCCUCAAGUCAAGGUGGCUCAGACAGGCAAUGGUCCACGAGUGACCCCUUUGCGCAACCCGGCCCCGCAGCAGCAGCAGCAGCAGCAGCAGCAGCAGCAUCGUCAUCAGCUACACCAGCUCCGCAAGCUACCCCUGCUCAGCUGCUCCGAGCCAAGGUCGCGGCUCGACGUCGCGAGCUCGUCCCCAAGCUUGAAAUCGUCAAUCGCACUCUCUAUGCCCACUCCAACGAGCUUCAGGAACUGCUUCGCCUGGCGCGCCAAUUCACCAUCAUGACUCCCUUCCAACGCUCGACCCGAGAGCGUAUCGAAGCAGCCGCUACCCCGCUCGCAGCCCGCAUCCGUCAGCUGCGCAUCGAAGUGGCCAAGUACGAGUGUCGGCAAUACAUCCUUUCAUCGGAAGUGCAGGUGAAUGACCGUGCGGCGUCACAAGCGGCGGCCAGUCAAGACAACUUGAUGAGUCCGUCGCUCAUCGCUCUUGCGCAACAGGAGCGCAAGGGCUCCUACUUUGCAGCUGAGGGCUUCGGCAGCAGCGAAGAUGACGGUGGGCUCCGCUCCUCUCAACGAUCCCCGACAGAGAUGCGCAAGGCCUCGAGCGGGAACGUCGGGUCACUGCGGCCCGUAGCAGAAGCGCCAGGAGAAGGCAGUGGUGAGACGGCGUCAACCUCGUCUCUCAUCCCGGCCAUCGGCUCUUUUGCUCGUUUGGACAGCAGCGACGCCGUCGCCGUCGCUUCAUCAAGCAAGAAUUUCGACUUCCGCUCCCGUAUCUCGCGCUCACGCGUCAAAUCCAACGCAACUUCAAGUGGAGCCGGAGGAGGGUCGGGCAGUCACCAUUCGGAUACGGCGAGCCUGAGCUCUCGUUCCAACAAGAGCGGCGGCGCUAGUGGCGUCAACCCAGCAGAACGAGCUGAGAGCUGGAACACCACCCGUGCCUUCCGUGACCCGGACCGUAUCUCCGUCGCUCAGCUGCCUAGCUUGGAAACGAUCGAGGCCGCCACGCGCGAAAAGGCUAGACGCCGUGUUGCACAACAGCCUCACAACAAGGGCGGGCUUUUCACCUCUACGUACAGCAGCACGACCCUGUCCUCCCCCGACGGCGGUACUGGGCAGAGAAAGGGGAGCAUCGCGAGUAGUGGGCCAGGCGGAGCGGCUUCGUCGAGUGGUGGAGGAGCGGCCCCUUCUACGUUUAGCUACACGAGUCAUGGCUCGAGAGGAUCGGAUAGGGAAAUACCUGUCAAUGAUCGCAGACUUGACCCCCCUGUGUUCAUGUCUACCUGGGGGGCCUAGGCGCGCAAAGGGCUCGUGGCUAUACUCUUCUUCUCUAC